AGGAUGCACACGACUAGUUUAAUGUGGCUCACGCUUCCUCACUGACGCUGAGACGCGCUACGCCACCAUUGAGCUCGAGCUGCUUGCCGUUGUAUGGGCCAUGUCCAAGUGUCGGCUCUACCUCAUAGGCCUACAGCACUUCACGCUGAUGACGAACCAUCGGCCACUGGUCCCGAUCCUGAAUGCCUACACUUUGGACGCGAUCGAGAAUCCCCGUCUCCAGCGUCUGAAGGAGAAAAUCUCGCCCUACCUCUUCACAGCCGUAUGGCGCGCCGGGAAGUUGCUACGCAUCCCAGAUGCUCUGUUGAGAGCCUCAGUCAGCCACCACACUCCUGAGGACGAGAUGGCGUGCACUGCUGCCACUGCCCACCUGCGGUGUGUCGUAGCUGCCAACGCUGAAGCCUCCGACCAAAACACACCACACCAUGACGCCGAUCGGACGCUCCAGAAGUUCAGAGCAGCAGCGAAGGCAGACCCGUCAUAUGCCCACCUCACCGCCUGCGUGACAUCUGGCUUCCCGUCCAACCGGUACGAGCUCCACAGUUCCCUACUUCCCUACUGGAAGCUCCGCGAUCACCUCUACGCAGAUGGGGAGCUUGUCCUCUAUGGCCAGAGGAUCGUUGUUCCUGUAGCUCUCCGCCGCCGCACCCUUGCUCGUCUCCACGACAGCCACCGCGGUGUGGAAGCCACCCGCCGUCGGGCGAGGCAGACUGUUUUCUGGCCUGGCAUUGACUCUGACAUCGCCAAUACUGUUCGUGCCUGUGAACCAUGUCAAGUCCUCCAGCCGAGCCAACAACAGAAACCCCUGAUGUGCGACGACAACCCAUCCAGGCCCUUUGAGUCCGUCUCCGCAGACUUCUUCACAGUCGCUGGCAAGUCCUUUCUUGUCAUUGCGGAUAGACUCUCGGGAUGGCCUGUGGUCGUCCCAUGUGGUGCGGACACCACAGCCACACGCACCAUGCAGAUGUUCUGCCGCUAUUUCCGGGAAGUGGGUGUCCCCCUCCGUCUCCGCACUGAUGGCGGGCCCCAGUUUGCCAGUGCAGACUUCCAAAACUUCAUGGAGCGCUGGGGUGUUCACCACAUAGUGACUUCGCCGCACUAUCCCCAGUCUAAUGGCCAUGCUGAGGCGGCUGUCAAGUCGGUGAAGCAUCUCAUCUUGAAGACAGCCCCCUCCGGCAACAUUAAUACGGAGGAGUUUGCCAGAGGUCUCCUGGAGCUGCGUAACUCUCCCAACUAUACAGGACGGUCCCCUUCGCAACACCUCUAUGGCCACCCUCUUCGGUCCUGCGUCCCUGCCCACCCAGAGUCCUUCUCCGCGGACUGGCAGACCAAGACGGAGGAAUGCGACCGCCGCGCUGCCGCCCGAGCUGAACAGGUGCAGGCUCACUAUGACCAGCACGCUAGGCCCCUCCCCAAGCUGUGCAUUGGAGCCACAGUCCGCAUCCAGGACCCUGUGUCUCUCCGCUGGGAUAAGGUCGGUGUGGUCAUGGGCUGCAGCAGGAACAGGGAAUAUGAUGUUCGUCUCCCCAGCGGACGUGUCUGGCGACGCAACCGCCGUCUCCUACGCCCAGUGCCGCUCCAUGGUGAUGAUCCUCCCCACCAUAUCCCUGUGGUCCCUUGGUCAGACGAGAAAAGUCCGUCUGCUUUACUUGCUCCCCCCAGUUGCCCCACGUCGUUCCCAGCGGCUCAUGGAAAAGAGUUCCGCUCGAGACAGUGCUACGAGCGUGAGGGGGGAGGGAGGUGUGGGUAUGUAAUGUAAUGUAUCAUAUGUAUUCCCUGUACCUCUGAGUACGCCUGGCAACCCUACAUAAGCCUCAGUCUUGCUGGCGUCUCCAAGGCAGGCACGCGUACGGGGGUCCUUCCAAGGCUUUCUCUGUGUUCCUCUGCUUGAAUACACCUACUACAGUUAGUACGUGU